AUGGGAAUUAUUACACUAUCCGGCAAUGUUCUACAUUUAUUGAAAGCCUACCCAAAAAAGGGCCUUGAAGAGGUUUCUCAACCAGAGCCUAAUACAGCAAAUGAUUCCUCGACUGAAUAUAAAGGAAAAAGCAAGGAUGAUUUUCAAAUGGUCGAAAAAUCCAAUACAGAUGAGAGAUACAAUUUUACAAGAACGAAAAAAUGGUUUUUAUUGAUGACCUCAGAAUAUUACAAACUAAUGGAAAACAGACUUUUAAUGUUUUGCAUUAUCGCUUGCUCUUUUAUUUGUGCUAUCCAAUUUCUUUUCUUUAUAAUUUAUUGGACCAACAUUGUUCCACGGAAGACGCAAAGGGCAAUAACUAACCUAAAUUACGAUUAUUUAACAGCCCAUCUAAAAGAGCAAUGCGUUCCAUAUGCGAAAAUUCUUGACCAAUGUAUUCUCUAG